AUGGGUGUCGGAGAUUAUGUACAUUCAAAAGAAGCUGGUCAACACAGACCACCUAAGCUUGAUGUCUCCAAUCAAUCACGGCAGCAGAUAGCCGAACAGGCAAGGGUUGAAGUUCCGACACCAAAAUUGAUUGCGCCCACACCUCUGCCAAUCAAUAGACCAACUCAGUUUGAACACUACGGUGGCCCGCCUGCUCCUGGGGGGCCACAAGGACCAAAUGAAAAUGGUGCGAAAAAGGACAUGUUUGACACAGAUGUGGAAGGUAUCGAUGACUCGACCAUUGCAGCGACGAGUGUCGCUGGUGUUGAGGAUCUUCCAUACCGAUUCUCUCCUGCCCCGAAUGCUCGACAGCAAGGUGCUGCUGCGAACACUCUGCAUCAAUUCCAACAAACACGGCGCCCUUUUGACUCCCAGUGGUAUGACAAUUUUGGGGACAGGGCCUUGAAAACUGCUGGAUUCGACUCAGAUGAAACCGACAAUGAAAGUCAGCUAACAUCAGUGGCGGGUGACGAUGAGGCCUCCGAUGGAACCAACGAAUCGGUGGUUCCUAUCAGAAAACGCCUCAAUGAUGAGCCUCUGAGCAAACGUCUGCAGAACUUCUGGAAUGCCGGCCGAAAGACGUACCACCAGCCGGAAAAUCAGGCUCAUGUGGAGUCGAAGAUCCCAACUUUCACCCGGUCAAUACAGGACGCUAAACGGACUAGUCAAGUCCUACCUGCCGCUGCACCUAGGAAAGUUACACUCCCUCCUAAUACGAAUGCAACCCCGAGGACAAGAUUCAGCCCACCAAAGCCUACUCUUCUGGAACAAUUAGACUUGACCCCUACACGUCGCACCCCUGGUCCUCGGCCGCAACAAUCCCAGAGGAUUACGAGCAUUGAAACUUCAGACUCCGUGGAAAAUGUAGGCCUCGGGUUCUUUUCAAACAACUACGGCAGACGUGGUAGCAUGCAGUCAAUAACCGCUUUUGACGUGACGAAUAUCGAUGCCCUUAAUGACGAUGAUGACCCCAUCAAUGAUCCCUUCUCCCGACGUCUCUCAGUCCAGCGUAUUAGUCCGGAUCAACACAACCCAAAGAAGCGUCAUAUCGAACCUGACUAUCCGCCAGAUAUACUCUAUCAGAAGUCAUUUGCUGAGCUCCAAGCGGAGCCUUUUGAUCAUAUUCCAGCAGCCGCCCCAUCACCGAACGCAACCCAGGAAACGCAACCCGACCCAGAAGACAAAAUCCCGUACCUUAUGAAUCUUUCCGAUGCCGACCGUCGCACUUAUUUCUCCAAUCUAUCAAUGGACGAAUGGGAGGAUUGCGGUGAUCAGUUGAUAGAUCAAUUCACUCAGAUGCUCACCAAGAUGAAGGACCUGCGUCAUGCUCGACGAAAAACGGCCGCUAUGUUCGAAGCCGAGGUCAAGAGAAGACACGAGAGUGUCGAGGAGCAAUCUUCUGAUCUUUCUAGAAAGCUAGAUGAAAUGAGGACCGGUGGUGUUGAGGUACUACGUGGUCGCACUCCGUGA